CCUCGCUGCCUGCCAUUGUUACUCAAGCCAGCAAGCAAGAAACACACAGGAAGCUCCUAGCCAACACCAAUCAAAGCCUUCAUCCAAUCCCAAAGAAACCUCAAAGAUGUCUUGCUGCGGAGGAAACUGCGGUUGUGGCAGUGCCUGCAAGUGCGGCAACGGCUGCGGCGGCUGCAACAUGUACCCCGAGGUAGAGGCCGCCGGCGCCACCCUCCUCGUCGCCGUCACCGCCACCCACAAGGCGAGCUGCGGCGCGAUGGAGAUGGCGGCGGAGAACGGCGGCUGCGGCUGCACCCAGUGCAAGUGCGGCACCAGCUGCGGCUGCUCCUGCUGCAACUGCUAGAUCAUCAAUCAUGGAUUCACUACCUGCAUCAUAUCUAUAAUCUACCUAUCCGUCUACCACCAUGAAACGCUACCUGAUCAAGGGUCUUUGUAUGUAAGCACCUGCCUGCAUGAGCACAGCAGGUGCCAUGCCAUGCCAUGCAUAUAAACCCCUAAAUAAAAUCUCUUGUGGUUUUGUGGUUUAA